AUGUCUGCUAACAACAACGCCACCGCUGCUGCUGCUGCUCCUGCCUCGGACAACAAGCAGACCGUGACACUGCUGCCGACGGAAGUGCGGUGCUCGUAUCCCAGUAAGCUCUGCAAUAACCACCGCGCCGUGAAGGACAACGGCGACCUGCACAAACUAUGCGACUUCCACCGCAAGAAGGCCAAUGUGAACCAGCAACGCAUGCAGCAAAAGCGCCGCCUCAUUCGCCAGCAAAUGGUCGAGCGCAAGAAACGCUUCAUGGACGCGGCGCAAGUGCCCAUGGAGUACAAUGCCGUCACCAACAUGAUGGAGCCAAAGGAGCCAAUCUGUGACCUCUCGCACGAGGAGGUGAUGAUGCUCGAGUCCAUGCUCUUCGACGACGAGGACAGCGACGGCUGUGCCUUCACGGACGAGGACAUGGCGGCGGCGUACCCGACCAGUUUCCCCAUGAGCAUGGCAAUGGCGUCCUACCCGGCAGCCAGCAUGGCGUCUAGCAACAUGUCCCUGUAG